AUGUGUUCCAUCUACAUCUACGAAUACGACUGCGGCUGCAAGCAACAAGAAGGGGGCGUGGUCCCCUGUGCUAAUCAAAACACUCCGGCCUGCAAGGGUGUUAAGGAGCAGCCUCGGAAACGAGUCGGCGUCAAGUGCGUUCGUCACGGUGGCUAA